CAUCACUAUACUCAAUACCGAACUGUCAAAAAGGAGUGUCAUUUUUUACAUCGCGUUUUCUGCAACUUUUAUACUUAUUUUUCUAAACUGGGCGUAUGUUUUUAGUUUCAAGUUAAUAAUUUUGCUAAAUUGAAUAAAGUUGAAAUUUGGAAGACGGUGUUAUUCCGAAAUUAAGUAAUGCCGUGACAAAGGAGCGGAGGAUUCACUGUUUUAAUCCUCAAUCGAACAUCAAAGAAACUUAAUGGGUUAAGAGGCAAGUGAGCCGCAUACAAAAUGAGUAAGAUGUCAAAGAAUAAAUUAAACUUGACCCUGCCACCAGGGUCAAUAGACACAGCACCAGCCAUCACACCAUCCAAUAUGACACCACAGCUGAAGUCCGCAACAGCUACGGAGUCUAGGCGUCAGGGCUUGGCUGGUAAAUCGAAAACCAGCAUCGAAGCCCUGACAGAGAGGUUGGAGCAAAUCGAGAUGGACGACACACAGAGACGGAGAAUAGAAGUGUUUCUGUGUCAGAAGGAGAAGAUCGGGGAGCUUAGUGAUGAUGAUUUUGAAAAGCUUGGAGAGUUAGGCCAAGGCAACGGUGGCGUUGUAAUGAAAGUCCGUCACAAGUCAACCGGUCUGAUAAUGGCGCGAAAGUUAAUCCAUCUGGAAGUCAAGCCGGCAAUAAAGAAGCAAAUCAUCAGGGAGUUGAAAGUCUUACACGAAUGUAACUUUGCGCAUAUCGUCGGCUUCUACGGGGCCUUUUAUAGCGACGGCGAGAUCUCGAUUUGUAUGGAGUACAUGGACGGUGGGUCCUUAGACCUUAUACUGAAGAAGGCCGGCAAGAUUCCUGAAUCUAUUCUAGGAACAAUAACAUCCGCCGUGCUGAAAGGUCUGAGCUACCUCCGGGACAAGCACGCCAUCAUGCAUCGCGACGUGAAACCAUCAAACAUUCUGGUGAACAGCAACGGCGAGAUCAAGAUAUGCGAUUUCGGCGUGUCCGGUCAGCUGAUCGAUUCCAUGGCCAACUCUUUUGUCGGCACUAGGAGUUAUAUGUCUCCCGAACGUCUCCAAGGCACGCACUAUUCAGUCCAAUCUGACAUAUGGUCGCUCGGGCUGUCGUUGGUAGAGAUGGCAAUCGGAAUGUAUCCCAUACCGCCGCCGGACGCGAAGACCCUGGCUGCCAUCUUCGGUGGACAGAAUGAAGAUCAUUCUCCUGGUCAGGCGCCGAACUCGCCCCGUCCGAUGGCCAUAUUCGAGUUGCUGGACUACAUCGUGAACGAGCCGCCGCCGAAGCUGCCCGCCGGAAUAUUCUCCGACGAGUUCAAGGACUUCGUCGACCGCUGCUUGAAGAAGAAUCCAGACGAACGAGCCGACUUGAAGACUUUGAUGAAUCACGAAUGGAUACGCAAAGCGGACGCAGAAAAGGUGGACAUAGCGGGGUGGGUGUGCAAGACAAUGGACCUCAUGCCUUCCACUCCAAACUCUAACGUGUCUCCUUUUUCUUCAUAAGCUGCAAGAAGUGCAUACUUUCAUCAGCGAAAAAGGGUCAAAACAUUUCCCAAGAGAAAGCGAGCGACACAAUCAGUGAGGACGCUGGCGCAGAGGACUAGCCCUGAGACCACGCGAUGACAGUAAACAGUAUGUCAACUCUAGAUACCAUUAUCCAAAACCACCACCAGCAAAACACCACGUAACACUUUAGUCGAGACGUGAUCUCCCCGCCCAUACUCCGCUCUUACUUACCUCAUCAUUUAUUAUUCAACUCGAUCUACUAUGCCUCUCAUGACUGAACAUAGUAUACGCAAAAUACAGAAGGUAAUCGUUUGGGUAUAUGUGUAGAUCACGAUAAAUCACGUCUCAACGACUCGGUAUGAAAAUUAAAUCACGUCACGAGGAAAAAAAUAUUAGAAAAUGUUAUUCAUGAGAUCUGUCAUCGAAUAUUCAAAAUUUGAUAAUUUUAAUUUAUUAGAAAUUGGCUAAAACUUAAGGUAAUUUUCGUAGGUGAUAUCGAAGAGCAAAAAAUGUGUUACGCUACACUAUGAAAUCGAUUUGAAAGCUGUUUCGGUACAUAAGUCGGCACAUGUCGGUCCCUUGUCGAAACGGUGCAUCCCUAGUAACGUAACAGCGUAUGGAGUUUCGACGGGGGACACUGUCGAACUGUACACAAGUGUUCAAGACUUUCCUUUUCAUAUACAGGCUAUAUGAUAACGAGAAAGUAUAUUAUUGAUGUGCGUACGGCAACCAUAGAACACGGUGUCUGAUAGGGGUAAAAUAUUAAAACAUAGUGCAUUCGUGGACGAACUAAUCGAGGUUUUAUAACGAAUAAAAUAACAACUAAUCGAUAAAUGGUCAAGUAGAGUUGAUUUCACUAGUCGCAAGGCGAAAAAUGUUAGUAGUGUUUUGACAUAUUUUUCUUUGCUGAAAGUGCGUAAUUCAUGUCAGCUGGUACUUGUUGUUUGAAUAGUAUACGGACGCGGUUACUUCGCGUGCGGAGCGUUGGAAUACUCAAACGGGCGUGCACUCUCGCACGCAUGCGCGUGGGAGCGUUCCAAAACUCACAUUAAACUCAUAAAAUAAUCUGUAAAAUAGAUUGCAUUUUUUAGAUUACACGAAAAAUAUUGAAAAAUGUGAAAACCAAAAAAAUGUAGGUAUUUUUGACGUGAUGCACUUUUCCGUUUUGGUUUGAGUUUUAUUGUGUUAAUAUCGCUUCGUUUUGGUAAGUCCGCCUUAAUUUACCCGCCUUGUCCCGUGCACCUAGUGUAGAUACACUUGACUUCGCAGUUGUUUGCGCUAUUGAAUGUGUGAGACUGUUGUGUUUAUUCACAGUGUAAAUGUUUCUGAUUCGUGCUUAUCACUUUUGGUAUUUGGAAAUUUUAGUGCACGCUGUCGUAGGGAUAAUUCUAAGAGGAGAUACGUCCGCUCCCAAAUCUAUUACUUGAUAUAAUCCUAUAGUGAUAAGUUAAUUGUUUCAUCAGACGAUAGAUAUACAUAUUGUAGAACAUAUUUAAUGGACGAUAGCCUAUUAUCACACUUUGCAGUUUGCAAUUUUUGGACGUAUCUACUCUAUAAUUAUCGAUUUUUGUCACACAUUUACACUAAUACACUUGUGCAAGAAUUUUGAAUUUCACGAUUGAACACAACGCUUCCAUUCGCCGUCGUCGAUGUACUAAUGUUUACCACGUUUCCUUUGAUGCCCGCAUGUUCUUUGCUUUGUGGUCGCUAUUAUUUUGCCCGGUCUUCCUCUUAGAGCGUAGGUGAAUUUUUAUUUUGUGAUGACACAGUGGCUCGUUUGCAUUUGUCCUUCGGUUUGUACAUUUUGUACCGACUUGAUUUUGUGGUAUUUUUUGACAACCAUGUCAAUUAAAAUAUAAUAUCAUAUAUAUUCAUUGAGAUGUAUUUUUAUUUUCUAGAUUUGUUAUUAUUAGCGUAUGCAUAUUUUAAAUGAGAACAUUUAUAACUAGUAAGAUGUGAAGGAUUUAACGUUUAAAAAUCAUAUAUCUUUCUCAACUUAGUUAUAAAGUUUUCUAAAUUUUUUUUUCAAUUAUAUUGCAGUGUAUAUUUUUUUUAUGAGUGACAGUUGUAAAUGAGCCAUACACGUGUGCUCGAGGUUUUGUGAUGUGUUUUGCCUUUGUAUUCAGCAUUUAACUUAUUGUAAGCAUUAAAUUUGGGUGCUUUUGCGUUACUGCUGAAAUAAAAAAAAAUAAAAAAAAAGUAUUUUAAAAACGUCUUUGUAUAAAUGGUACACACUUUAGUGUUAUUUGUAAUCGUAUUUUCGUAGUUAGGUUAAGUUUUUAAUAAUUUAUAUUGUAUCCCAGACUGUGUUAAUUGUGAUUCAUAGUGGAUUCAUUGUUGAGUUUAUUUUUAUAUACCUGUUUCGAAUGUAUGAGUAUGUAUGUAACAUACAAAAACCUUUGUAGAUGUUCAAUAACAUCAUAAAUAGAUAAAAAUUGAAUAAAAUUUCAUAGUAAGUAAAGUUCGAUAAAUAUUUCUAGAAGAUUCCAGAAAUUUAUAUCCACAUUCUACAUCACAAAGAAAUAUUUGGGAACAAAUGAACGCCAAAACCAUACUUGUACAUUUGAAUUUGGUAUAAAAAUUAAAAAUAUAUUCAAAUUUAUGACUUCAAUAAAAUGUGUUUGCAUUGGAUAUUAUGUAAGAGAUGUAAAUGAUGCUUCCUUUACUAAAAGUACUUUAAAGUGUAUUAAAUGCAUUUCUAGUUGAAAUAGUUUGCGGUUUUAUUUAGUUUAGGUAUUUUGUGAAGUCUACAAUGGGUUCUGCUUUGAAGGGCUGCAAGAAAUAUAUAUAUAUAGAUACGAGCGACUGAUGAAUUGUUCCUAUAAACAGCAGAAAUGGACGUUAAAGAUAUGGGCAUAAGCUUUCUUCAGGACAGUAGCUACUUCCAUAUCAGUGAUACGGGGCCCCCGAGGUCUCUUAGAAGCUUAGAGGCCUCUCUUGGUCCAUACCUACAUUGAACUAGGCGGGUGCCCGUUCGCACUGGACUAAAGAGUCCCCGAAAAUUUUGAUAUAUUUAUUUAUGUAUAUUGUAUUAAAAACUGACAAGUCUUUACAUAUGAACUUAUAUCCUUUGGUCUUCACACUAGGCAAGCCUGUAUCGUGAAGACCCAAAUUUUAGUCUAGUUGCCUACAGUACUUGAUAUAGCAAGCUAGGACGCUGGGUUUCUUCUAAAUGCAUAUCAAUACGUAUUAGUAACCGUAAUACAUACGUAUAUUGUAUACAUAUGUUUAAUAUGUUUCAACAUUAUAACGGCAAUAAUCAAGAAACUACAUCAGCCUAAUUCUCAUAUUGCAGUCUGGAUGUACGAAACUAAGUCAGUUCUUUAGCAGGACUCAUUGUAUACAAUAAAUAAUUUUAGUUUUACAUUAUUUAUUGCGCGACCCAAAACUGUUUGAACCCAGUAAACACAUCGAACAUUACAGUUGCGUUUUAUAGGUUACGUUGUAUUUUAUUUGCUAUUUGUGUAUUUUUGAUAUGCACUGUUAUUAAAUCUAAAUACACGUCCGAUCUCUGCAAGCUGAACGGUUGGUACGCGACUAUCGCCCUUAUCUAUAGGGCCGAGAGUUCUAACGUCAAGUCUAUAUAUCAAAUCGUAUUCGUUUCUAGUAAAUAUUUAAGACCCCAUUUAUUUGUCGCUUAUCAAUCGUUUAGCGUUUUUCAUAUCAUAUUUUACAGAUAUAAUAUGUGUUACUAAAUAGUUAUUUUGUAUAAGCUUCUUUGUUAGAAUAGGUAGGUACGUAUGUACAAAAUAAAUGUUAAUGGAAA